CAAGGGACUCUCCCGCCUCAAGUCCCAACCCAAGAGUUCCCCAACCAGUGCAUCGCCUCGCCAUCGCCACCAGCCAUGUUGAAGCAGGAGCCUAAGUCAGAGCCGCAGCGCAAGUGGGUGGCCCUCGUCUCCAUCCCCGUCCUCCUCGGCCACGAGGACGAGUGGGACCAGGAGGUCGUCAUCGGCACCGACGUGCUGCUCGACCUCAACGUCCCGCCACAUCCCUCCUACCUGGUGCUGCGCCACCGCGUCGGCCCCGACAGCAGGCGCACCGACGAGCCGCGGUCCGCUCACAUCCUCGCCGCCGACCGCGCCGCCUGCAUCCUUCUUCAGGUCGUCGAAGGCAACCGCUGGGACUUGUUCCUCUGCGACACCUACAAACGUGCCGUCACCAUCCUCCCCCCCGUGCCCAUCUAUAUCCAGUCUAAGUCCAGCGAGGGCCUCGCCAUCAGCCCCCACCUCAGCAUCGGCCUCAUCGCCGACCCGCACAACCGCGGCCACUACGAGGUCGUCCAGCUCCAGUCAAGCACCUCCGACGACCAACCUAACAGGCUCCUCUGCUACUCUACCGCCAAAAGCUGGUGGUUCACCAGGGACCUCACCCUGCAACAGGCCUGCCUGCGCAACCCCUUUUCCGAGACCGGUGUGCUCGCCCACGACGGCCGCCUUUGGUGGCUCGCCCUAGCCUAUGGCGUGUUCUUCUGCGACCCCUGCACGCCGCUCUUGGAGCCCCCCGAGCUGCGAUUCAUCCCUCUCCCGGCCGACUGCGAGCUCGACGACUACGUCACCUUCGAUCCCCGCAUCGACCAGCGCCGCUGCGUCAGGCCCAGCGAGGGCAAGUUGCGCUUCGUCGAGAUCCGCGGCCUCUCCUACAACGAGUUCGUCGACGUAGCCCCGGCCGCUAAGCCGACCAUAUGGAUGUGGACGCUCGACGAUCCGGAGGGCCCGAACCCCUGGAGAUUCGAGUACGAGGUCGCCUUCGCAGAAAUCUGGCACAGCAAAGCCUACGCCGACGUGGGCCUGCAGCCGGGCGAGGUGCCCCACGUCGCCCUCGUCGACCCCAACGACCACCACGUCGUCUACUUGUUCCAGGGCUCGAAGAUAUUCGGCUUGAACGUGCGCAAGAAGGUGAUCCUCGCCUGCAAGGAAUGCCUGAUAGACCGUGAUCAACAAAUGUUCCCAUCCUCCCGCCCGAUCAUCGAUGCCUGGGAGCUUCCGGACGACGUCGCGAUGACGACUCUUCACAAGAUAAUAAUGUUUGAUCGAUACAGUCCUUUACUCCGAGGAAAAGAAGCGCGAGGUGACCGUACCGAGUCUAUGGACUACUGUCGGUUAGACGAAUCAUCUGUUAACACGGACGCGUCGGACAAAUCAUCUGUUAACACGGGUGGCCUUUUUGUCGUCUGUCCGUUAGUUAAUGAUGAGCCGAAGAUACAAGUCCCCGUUUUCGGCGGACACCGUUCGGCCGCUGAAAAUAAGGCUGGCCGCCGAAAGUGAUUUACAAUGCUGUUGUGUCCUCUAUUCUUCCCCGUAGGUGAAAGAGAACGAUUCGUCGUGUCAACAUGUGUGGAAGCGCUUCUUUUGAUCUUGUGUUUCAGAUACAUAGAGUAGAUCAGCCUGAAGCUGUGUCAUGGACAUUUGAUCCACAUUCUCCUCUCAGUUGAUGAAAGCCAAGGAACAAUCAUACCGGGACCGGUAGUUGUUACGAAGAUGUGUGUCCAGUUCCAGUACUGGAAUGCCAAACCUGUGGUCACCUCUUCCUGUUUUUUUUUCUGGAUGGGUUGCCCACCUUGGUCGGCUGCAUUCAUUUGGCAGCUGCACCUGCUGUUGAUGUGGUU